AUGCGGGUCAACGUAGCCAGAAUUUUUGAGGACACGGAUUAUGCGAAAAUUAGGACGCUAUGUGAGGGGAAUGAGGGGUGGACGCAGGUUUAUCACAAAAACGGGACACAUGUUUGGGUACAACCCAACGAUGGAGAUUUUCAUGUAAUAAGGGCCAGAACAGUAAUGCCCGAUGUUAGUGCAGCCACGAUGUACGAUGUGCUACACGAUCCGGAAUACCGGUCCAACUGGGAUAAGCAUAUGUGUGCGAGUAAAGAGAUUGGCAUUUUGAACCCGAACAAUGAUCUCUGUUAUUAUGCUGUUUCUUCGGUACCUCCAAUCCGGCCUCGAGAUUUUGUGAUGCAGCGCUCAUGGCUUGAUACCGGAGAUGAGAAGCUAAUUUGUAGCCAUUCGGUUUGUCACGAUGAAUAUCCCCCACAAAAGGGCUACAUUCGAGCAACCAUUUUCAAGGCCGGGUAUCGGAUUGCAAAGCAUGGAAAUGGAUGUGAAGUUACGUACGUAACGCAUUCCGAUCCGAAAGCAUACCCGGCAUGGAAAAAAGAGCAUAGGCCGCAUUGGAAACCCUGGAUAUUCCCGGAACAAAUGAUUGAAUUCCGGCGGAUAUCCCCUAGCGAAUGUCUUCCCCGUGAAUAUGAUCAGGAAGUGGUUGAUGAGAGCAGAUUAGAUGAGAAGCAGGCAAAAAUCGAGGACGAU